CGAGGUGACAAUGUGCUAGGAGCCCUCGCUCGGUCUCCUGCGCCUCCUCGGCCUCGGCGCCCGCUCUCGCGGAGCCCCUCCAGCCCGCCGCUGCGCUAUGAGGGCGCCUCUCCGGGGCUGGCCGAGGCCGGAGCCGGCUCGCUCUGCUCGCGGGCAAGUGUGAAGAGAGAGGCGCGGGCGGGAAGCGGGGCUGCGCGCGGCGCUCGCGGGCCGGCGCGGGUUCCAGAUGCAUUUUGUAGGAGUAUUUUGAGGAUGAAUGUUUGCAAAUCAUUUUGAAAUUGCCAAGUGCCACAUACAUGGGAUGCAUCCUGCCUUUAUCCUGGAGUUCACCCCUGUGGCUUGGAUUUGUCACAGUUGUAUCUGUCUCCGAUCUCUGUGUUGACUAGAAAUCAAGGAAAGACAUGAGGAGGUUUGUUUACUGCAAGGUGGUUCUAGCCACUUCACUGAUGUGGGUUCUCGUUGAUGUCUUCUUACUCCUGUACUUCAGUGAAUGUAACAAAUGUGAUGACAAGAAGGAGAGGUCCCUGCUACCUGCCCUCAGGGCUGUUAUUUCAAGAAACCAAGAAGGGCCAGGAGAAAUGGGAAAGGCUGUGCUGAUUCCUAAAGAUGACCAGGAGAAAAUGAAAGAACUGUUUAAAAUCAAUCAGUUUAACCUUAUGGCCAGCGAUUUGAUUGCCCUUAACAGAAGUCUGCCGGAUGUAAGAUUAGAAGGAUGCAAGACAAAGGUCUACCCUGAUGAACUUCCAAACACAAGUGUAGUCAUUGUAUUUCAUAAUGAAGCUUGGAGCACUCUCCUUAGAACUGUUUACAGUGUUAUAAAUCGUUCUCCACACUAUCUACUCUCUGAGGUCAUCUUGGUAGAUGAUGCCAGUGAAAGAGAUUUUCUCAAGUUGACAUUAGAUAAUUAUGUGAAAAAUUUAGAAGUGCCGGUAAAAAUUAUUAGAAUGGAAGAGCGCUCUGGGUUAAUACGUGCCCGCCUUCGAGGAGCAGCUGCUUCAAAAGGACAGGUCAUAACUUUUCUCGAUGCACACUGUGAAUGCACGUUAGGAUGGUUGGAGCCCUUGCUGGCAAGAAUAAAGGAAGACAGGAAAACAGUUGUAUGCCCCAUCAUUGAUGUGAUUAGUGAUGAUACCUUUGAAUAUAUGGCUGGGUCAGACAUGACUUAUGGGGGUUUUAACUGGAAACUGAAUUUCCGUUGGUAUCCUGUUCCCCAAAGAGAAAUGGAUAGAAGGAAAGGAGACAGAACAUUACCUGUUAGGACCCCUACUAUGGCUGGUGGCCUAUUUUCUAUUGACAGAAACUACUUUGAAGAGAUAGGAACUUACGAUGCAGGAAUGGAUAUCUGGGGUGGAGAGAAUCUUGAAAUGUCUUUUAGGAUUUGGCAAUGUGGAGGCUCAUUGGAGAUUGUGACUUGCUCCCACGUGGGUCACGUUUUUCGGAAGGCAACUCCAUACACUUUCCCUGGUGGCACUGGUCACGUCAUCAACAAGAACAACAGGAGACUGGCAGAAGUUUGGAUGGAUGAAUUUAAAGAUUUCUUUUAUAUCAUAUCCCCAGGUGUUGUCAAAGUGGAUUAUGGAGAUGUGUCAGUCAGAAGAACACUAAGAGAAAAUCUGAAGUGUAAGCCCUUUUCUUGGUACCUUGAAAACAUCUAUCCGGACUCCCAGAUCCCAAGGCGUUAUUACUCACUUGGUGAGAUAAGAAAUGUUGAAACAAAUCAAUGUUUAGACAACAUGGGCCGCAAGGAAAAUGAAAAAGUGGGUAUAUUCAACUGUCAUGGUAUGGGAGGAAAUCAGGUAUUUUCUUAUACUGCUGACAAAGAAAUCAGAACCGAUGACUUGUGCUUGGAUGUGUCUAGACUCAAUGGACCUGUAAUCAUGUUAAAAUGCCACCACAUGAGAGGAAAUCAGUUAUGGGAGUAUGAUGCUGAGACCCACACUCUUCUUCACAUACUCACCCAGUCCUGUCUCUCAGUAAGCAAAGUAGCUGAUGGCUCCCAACAGCCCACUGUGGAAAUAUGUAAUGAUAACCCUUUGCAAAAAUGGCAUCUAAGAAACUAUACAAGAAUGGAAAUUUUUAGAAACAUUUUUAAGAAUUCUACUGAUUACUUUCUCAAAUAAUUUCGGAGGUUUGUGUUGCAGACUUUAUUAAAUUUAUUUUAGUGUUUUUCUUAUGUUUUGUUAUUGAAAUUUAAACUUAUUUCUUUAAAAUGUGGUUUAAAAAAAUCUUUAUGUGCUAUUUCUCCGUGGAGUAAUUUUUCUGUCUUUUACUUCUUAGCUGCUCAUUAAUUUGGAGGCUGCAUA